GUGUACGCCCGCAAUUAGACGUCAAUUGCUAUACCAACGGUAACGGCUAAAUUGUUAAUAUACGGCAAGCACGUUGAAGCAUUUAAUUCGCUACAAUGUCGGUGAAGUAGAAUUCGCUUUAACACAAGCAAAAACUCGUGUAUCGAUUAACUGUGCCCAACUAAGUGACCUCUGACCUUUAUUUGUAUGUGCUUAAAUUUUCAUUAAUAAUAAAAGUUCAAAGUGAAAAUGUCCUGUUUUUAAAGUGUGCAAUAUGUUUAAAACUUUGUUUGCCUACCGAAGUGAUUUUAAAAAGUUAAGAAAACAAUCGGGUAGUGCUGUCAGAAAAUUAUGAAAUUUGACGACCAACAAAAUGCCACAAGUCCUCAGCACUCUCCUCCAGAUUCUUCUAUAGCAGAAAAACCUAGCCCUCACCUUGACUCUGGACCCAACAACAAUUCCAGCACCACAACAAUUCCGAAUCCCAAUGAAAUCGAUAUAGCUCCAUCAAAUUCCAUAAGACCGGAUUCAGAGAGCUCCACAGCACGUCCUCGAAAUUUCUCAUUCGCCAGCACCUACCGACCGAACUUCAAUACUUUCAAUAACGAGAUCGACAGUUCACAAAAACUGGAUAUAUAUCCUUAUAAACCUAUUACUGCCUUCACCGUUCUUAACAGCGAAGAAAAGCCUAACGCAAUUGUGCGCCCGAUACGUCGUGCCGACAACUCGGAAUUAUCGUGGUCUGGUUAUCAACAUGCUGCAAAUGGAGAAGGUACUCUAUGGCCACAACAGCGGGAUUAUCACCUAAAGGAUAAUUUAAACAGCGCCACAUCGAAGAAAAUGAACAAUUUGUCUUUGGUAAGACCAAGCAUCGAGAGUAAUGAGCAGUUAAGAGCGAAACUAAAUCGAAAGCUACAUAAUUUGCAUGAGGCAGCUGGUCAAGAAACAUGGACCGGAUCUAGACAUUCCUCAAAUGCAAGUCAACAUGAUAAUGUUGUUAAACGACCCCUCUUCAUCACUACAGUACCCACUGGUGUGUUCUUACCACCUCCGAAAGAGCCGCCGUUACCUUGGUUUCUAAAACCUCACAUAUAUGCAUAUUCCUCACAUCCAGUAGUACUGACAGGUAGCAAUGCCGCAACAACCGACAAGGAUAAUGACAAAUUCCAUAAUAACUCUGUAGCGUCGGCAAAGAUCUCCACAUGCGAUAAAGUAGUGUCGGCGAACCAGUUAAAAAGUGUAAGGGCUAACUCUAAAGUGAAUACAGUUUCAAGUACCACUCUAAGCCGAUCUGUGAAUGUUAAUGCUUCGGCAACAAAUGGCGUACGGCGUGGUCAGCCAUCGCCUCCAUCUCGAGAUCCUUUGACGGGUGGUGUAAACCUCACCAAACAACAAUUUCGUGAACAAAUACAGCAACAUCGUGCAAAAAGAGAUAUUCCUCCACAAACUUACCGCAAUGUCAUGUACGACCGCCGUGUAAUACGUGGAUCCGUAUUUGGUACGCAGCAACUUUUGGAAAACUCAGAUCCUUUUGAUAAAGCGGCUGAAAUUCGUCGACGUCAUGCCAUAAGGAAACAAAAGGUAUGUCGAAGUCAACGCAAUAUCCUUGGAACUCCACCGCCUGUUAACGGUCGACGGCAUGAAGUUAUUCAAACUGAAAAAUAUUUGGAAGAACUUGUACAACGACCUCCGGAAUUCUCUGUAGACACACAGACCGAUUUGUUCCUUGAAAAACCGCCUGAACCACCUUAUAUCCCGUCCAAAGUGGGUGUAGAUGCUGCUACCGAAAUUGCCGAUGGAGAACUUUUCCACUUUGAUGCUGAGGCUCAACCACUUAUCGAUAUACUCGUCGACGCUUGUAUCGAACAAAGCAUGCUGGAGGUUGCGCAUGAACAAGAGAUUGCUGAACUUCGGCGUAAACAAGCCGAAUUCAUUGCUCAACGAGAAGCUGAGUUGGCUGAGCUACGUCGUCUUGAAGCCGAGGAAUUACGUUUACAAGCCGAAAAAGAGCGCCGUUUGCAACAGGAUACAAUAGCCAAAGAAUUAGAUGAAGAAAUGCAGAAGAGUGUAACCGCUGCUAAAUUAUUGCAAGGCCAUAUUGCUGGUUUACUACCUGAGGUUUUGGACAACCUUGAACCAGCAACGGACGCAGCAAAGAAGGAACACCUAAUGAAAACCAUCGCACCUUGGCUAACAGUUGAAGUAGCAGAGGAAGUUGGUCACAUCGUGGACUCCCGUGAGAUACUCACCGCCAUCAUCCAGGAGAUCAUCAAACAGCGUGCAACUGCAUAUGCUGGUUACAAAGAAGAAAUGCCGCUGGAAACCGUAAUGGAACGUGGUGAGGAUGAUAUCUUGGAAGAGGCAGCAAAAGAAGAAAUAUGUACGUGUGAGUCAAGUGAUAUUAGCAGUGAGAAAACAGAUAAAUGUGACGAUAUAUCAAAGAAAGUGUGAUCAAAACUGAAAUUUGUUUACUGUUAACUGAUUUCUUUGCUCCCUAAAAUUUAUGUC